AUGGAAGACGCACUUGACGAAAGCAGCGGGGGUGGGACCAUCACCGAUACGGAACGUCAUUUUACGACUGUGCACCCGCUUAAUGAUGUGGUGACACUUCAAGGGCUUACGGCAAAGUACCAGAAGCGGCAAAUACAACUAUUUCAAGAUGCCGAUAUCCCUGAAAAUACCGAAAAAGUGGCGACUAGUAUGUUCAGUGAAAAGUACAUUUCCAACAAAAUUACACGUCGACAGGUACUUCAGAGUGACGCGGUACUCAAAGAGGUGCUUGCUACUUACUCUAUAGACCUUCCUAUUCACUCCCUUAUCAUUUCCGACGAGGACGGGGAGGAUGGGGCGGCAUUUUCGGAUGAGUUGAAGGCAGAUAUGCGGGCUGAUAAAUUAGAAUGUACUCAACCACAUCCUGCUUAUUGUUUCUACCAGACCCACGAGAAAGAGGGAGGUGAAGCAAAUUCUUUGAUUGAUGCUAAGAAAUAUGGGCCACAGCUGCAACUUUUUUUUUUUGUGGAGAAAUUCCAUCAGAAGCUAAAGAGCGCAUGGUCGAGUGGAGAGAAGGUUGAGAGUCUGCGUAUUGCGAUUAGAGUGGCAAAAUUCCUCUCAAAGGUUGAGAUGCCAAGUUGCUACCCAUCCGUUUACGUCUUGGUAGCACAAGUGUUGGACACGUUUGGCAAUCUUGUCACACAGCGGAUUCAAAACACUGCUGCAGAGAAGAGUUAUGUGGUCUCUGUCUUGCUACAGAAGGGCAUUGAUGCAGCGGAUGACUUAAUCCCAUCCGAGUCAGUGGAGGCGUGCUACAAUUGGUUUCUAAAGAUUAGUUCAAUUUGCGAACUUAUUCCACGGGUAUGUAUUGAGCUCUCACUUCUUAACUGCUUUCGUUUCAUGGCAAAGAAAGCGCGUGUUGUUUCAGAGGAAGUCAUACGUCGUCUUGCGAUGCAGAUUCGCGGCAUUGCGGAUCCGCUUGUUGCGGCCCACCUUCGCUGGUACUUAUGUACUCGGGCGAUGGUUGCCCUUGUAAGGCCCGGUUGGGCAACGAAAUCGGGGCUGGAUCAAGCAGUCAUAGACACCCUUGAGGCACUUGAACAUCUUGACCCUGCGCUUUUAGAGAAACUUCAGAACAGGCACAAUAUGGGGAGAAUGGAUUACUUGGACUUAUUUAUUCCCGCACUGCAGUGGCAAAUGGACACCAUUUUACGUUACGGCGAUGCCAAUUGGCCGAAUUAUCAACCGUUAUUGAGGAAUGUUGUUUCCAUCAUUGUAGAAAAUUUGAACUCGCCGGCAUGUCUAUUGCUGUGCGUUUGGCGUGCCUUCCCAGCGGCGGUGUUGCUCUCGUGUUACAGUGUGGAGGAGCUUCUUUCUAUUACUUUUCGCUCGUUUCCGUCACGAUUGGUUUCGCGACUGAAACUUAUGGAGGCAUUGUGUUUGUCUUUGGCGGAUUUGUCGGAAGUUCCGUUAGCGAGAGCGCAACGUCUUGCUUUUUUGAAGGCUGCAUGGGACUAUGUCGAGGAGGAAAGGUGCAGACGAUCUAGCGUGGGCACGGAAGGCGUGGCGCUACCCGCUCCGAAACAAGGGUUAGUGGGUGAGUUAAUAGGCGUAUGCGGUGCGAUGAUGCAAUUUUGUGCGAAUCAUGUGGGGUUCAAACAGGUCAAUGUUUUUCUUGGUCUUGUUCGGGACAUUAUUUGCGAUGUUAAAAUGUUGGAGAAUGAGAAAUCGUUGGAGGCUGUUAAAGCCAGUUUGUUUGGCAUGCUAUCCGCUCUUGUCUCAGUUGUGAACCCUUUGCUCCUCCUGGAAUCCGAACAUGUGGUAACCCUCUUGCAACAGUUGGCUUCGGGAGAUCGACGUCGGUUGAUGUUUGUGUUUCUUCGCCAAUUCGUUUCAGGGGCAUUAGGCGCCGGCAGUUCAUUUUCUCCCUUUGCCAUGAAGACCGUGUUUCGUUUGUGUAAGAUAUUUCACGACGAUCUUAUUAACGUGGUCUCCUUUGACGAGCUGCAGGAGGGGACUAAGGUGGUGGAGAAGGUCUUCCUUUUGCUGUUGAAGAGAGUAGGAUCUCUGGAGGACGCUCUUCAACUUAUGUGUGAUGCACGCCACCAUCUCUCCCGCUUUGAUUCCAUUAAAAUUAUUUCCGUCAAUCGGGCACUGGGGUUGGCGGGUCGCUUUGCUGCCGGAUGCGCAGAGGGAAAAAAACACGACGAGACAAGGGCUCUAUUGAUGUUUUCUAUAGUCACCAUCCCGGCAGUGACGGAUCUAAUUCAGCGUUUUCACCUUUUGGCUCUUUCGUCCGGCAUGGCACUUCGUAGUGGUAUGAUUGUUAUUGGGGAGGCAGCACUAGAAUUUGCGUUGGAGGGGCUGGAGACUUACCGUUCGAGCUGCAGUGGCAAGGAUGAAACGAGGAAAAGGAGCCAAGAAGAGUCUGAUAUCGCAGAUGUGGCCGUGCAUCUUCUGGAGUUGGGCGUUGCGGCCCCUGCGAAGGGUGAGCAUCUUUACGCAGUGCGUCGACUUUUGAAUUGGAGCGCUGGUUUCGACUGGAUGCCGUGCUCCAUUCCGUGCGUGCAUAUCAGCUUGUCUGCCCUGCGACUCAUGACACGCGCGUUGCAAGGCAGGUUUCUAUCGUUUCCCUUUUGUCAGACAGAGCAUUAUGGAAAGGAUCCUGCGUUUGUUGAGUCGUGUGUUGCCCUUUCACUGGAGGCGACGCAUCAAUUGCAGAGGUGGAUAGAGGCCAGCUGUCACGUUGUGUCAACAAAAUCCGAGUUGGCGACGGAUUUAUCUACAACAGCAAUCGAGAUAUUUGAGACUUUGGCCAUAUUUGAUAACAAAGAUCCGCCUCUUGGUCCGGCGUUAACCACAUUGGUCUGCGCGGCGUGGCGGGCAGCCAAUGCAUGGGCAAUACUGAGCGGCUCUUUGGAAGUGUCCCGACACAUCCUGCGUACCGCACGGUUCGUCCAGGAGGUGGUGGGUACGAGCGUCUUUGAAGAAAUUUUGCUCCAUUGA